UCAAGUAAGACAUAUGUACAAAUGUUAUUGUCACAAAUAAUGUUUUUAGUUGAUUUGUAUUUUUGUUCCAUUUCCCUAACGCCCUUUUGUGACCCCCAGUGGGUUGGAACCCCACUUUGAGAAACACUUUGUUAAAUAAUAAUGUGGUUUUAUGUUACCUGUGGUGUAAAAGCUCCAUUUACCAUAUUGUAUAUAAGUACAUGAUCUAUUUGUUUUUAACCAACAUUUAGCUGUUGUAAUAUUUGUUUUUGUGGGGUAUUUUCUCUGGGAUUUUGCCUUCCAGACAGCUGCAGAUAUCAGGAUAUACAGGGAAGAGAGAGAGCGGAGAUAACAUGCACCAAAGAGCAGAGGGCCAGAGUCGAACACUCUAUAUUAUGCUGUCACAUGUUAUGCUAUCUGAGCCACCAGACUCCCCAGAUUUCACUAUUUUAGCUACAUGAAAAGAUGAUAAAUGAAGGGAUCCUGAACAUGUAAAAUAGUCCAGCAAGAACAAGAAGUUCUGGAAAUCGCAUUUAGAUAAUCAAAUAGUGAGAUAACUAUACAGGAAAAUUAAUUGAACAUUCAAGUGAAAAACAAACUUUUAAAAUAAUGCUCAGAGAGGUUGGGGUUUUGAAGUUGUGAUUGUUUAACUUAAAGUCAUGUCAUGCAUGUCGCUGCAAGUUUUUCUUUCCAUUUAAGUUGUUAAAACAGCUAGUAGAUCAAAUCAAAGCAGAGCGCUCUCAACUUUCUUUGUGUUCAGUGUCAAGUUUCUCUCCAGCUCAUACAUGGAGGGAGGUACUGCCAGGAACUAGUUGGGACUUUAUCGUCGCCUCCUCUAUGCUGACAGAGUUUUUUGUCAGGUUAGGUCAGGUCAGAACUGAAUUGUUUUGGUUUCCUUCUUGACACAAACAGUCCUCAGGAGUGUGCGAGAUGUCUGUGACUUUGACCAGGGCUGACGGGGUCACCGUGCUCACUUUGACUGCGGACCCCCAAAGUGCUUGUCCCCCAAUAUGCCAAAUCCUCAAAGGCCUCUGCUACAGCCCCGUGUGCUGCACGGGGUCUCAGCACUUGAGGAGGAUCAAUGGAGCUACUCAGUCACUGCUGGGGGCUGUGCAAAUUAUGACUGGGCUGCUCACCAUCGGCCUCGGAGCGAUCGUCUUCAUCAGUCACAGUUCCCCUUGGUGGGCUCUUGAUUCUACCAUGUAUCACUUUUGGUUAGGUGGAUUGUUCAUUUUAUUUGGUGCUAUGUGCAUCCUGUCUGAGAGGUGCCCCAGUCCAUGUCUGGUCCUCCUUAACGUGAUUCUGAAUCUAACAGGAGUUGCAUUUGCCAUCACCGGCAUCGUACUCUACACCAUAAACAUUAUCCUCUUGAGGAUAUGGGAGGAUUGUGAGCCUGAUUAUUACAACAAUUACUAUUAUAACAGACAAUACAACAGACCAACUCCGUCUCCAGAGCAGAAGUUGAUGAUUGAGAAAUGCUUGGAGGGCCAAGCAGUGUCUCUGAUGAUUUUGAGAAGCAUCAAUGCUGUUCUGAUUGUCCUGUCUCUCCUGGAGUUAUGCACAGUCAUCAGCUCUGCUCUCUUGGGGAUCAAGGCUCUGAGGAGCCGUGAGAAGACGGACAACAAGAGCCCUGAAGACCCAGAACACAAACAACUGCUGGAGGAGCUCCUUAGUAAUCCUACAGUCUAAUGACAAUCUCAGCUUUGUGCCAUAUAACUAAAUGUUAACCAAAUGCAUUUAGACAUUUAAUGUCAUGCAGUGUGACAUUGAACUUAAUUUCCUUUGAGGGCUGCUUAAAAAAAUAUCUGUAAAUAUUAGAUUCAUGUUUGAAUAUUUUAUUUUACAGUGUUUAUGGGUAUUAGAUCAAAUUGUUAACGGGUAUGUUUUGGAUGUGGGUUUGGUUUUCAUUGGAAGGACUUAUUUUUGUUCGGAGUAAAUAUUUCAUUCACAGACCAUGAUACUUUUUAUUCUCAUGCUGUGACGUCUGUCUGUGAAUGUCCUCGUGUAUUGCACAAUCACACCAGGACUUUUUAAACUUCAUCUUGCUGAAAACGUUUCCUGCAAUGCUGCUGUUUGUGAUCUCUCUUAUUUGAACACUGAAAUAAUCAUGCCCUUUCACAUUCCUGCUGUUUGAAUCCUUACAUUUGUGUGUGUUAAGAAAAUAACCAAUUUCACAAUAAAACAGUUGUUUUCUCUUCCUGUAAA